GACUCGUUCACUACAGAGAGUCGGUUCUUAGAGCCGAAUCUUUCGAGGCCGAGUCAUCGCUGUGUCGGUGGUUUAGCUGUUGUGGUGAAGGAGGGAGGCGACUGGGGAGAAAAGUAUCGAAGUCAGAAUGAACCGGAUUCGGAUCCACGUGCUGCCGUCCAGCCGAGGCAGGGUCACCCAGACCGGCCGCGCCCAGGAGCCCCAGGCCUGCGCCUACACCCAGAGAACCUGCUCUCAGCCCCGUCUGGAGGGCUGGGAGUUCUGCAUCAAGCACAUCCUGGAGGACAAGAGCGCUCCGUACAGGCAGUGCAGCUAUGUGUCCAACAAGAACGGCAAGCGCUGUCCCAGUGCAGCACCUAAACCCGAGAAGAAGGACGGGGUGACAUUCUGUGCUGAGCAUGCUCGCAGAAAUGCUAUGGCUUUGCAGGCACAAAUGCGCAAGUCUUCUUCAGGACCGUCCCCUGAGGUCCUUCUGUCUCAGCUCAGUGGAUACAACAGGGCAGAGUCAGGAUCUCUGGGUCUAGAUGGGCGUAGUGAAGCAAGCCGAAUUCUAGAUGAGGACAGCUGGAGUGAAGAGGAGCAGGACCCAGUGGUGCUGGAUCUGAUGUGGAGAGGAGAUCCUGAUAGUGAAGCAGACAGCAUAGACAGUGAUCACGAGGACCCUCUCAAGCAUGCUGGUGUUUACACGGCUGAAGAAGUCGCUCUCAUCACUCGUGAAAAGCUCAUCAGACUCCAGUCGCUCUACAUAGACCAGUUUAAACGGCUCCAGCACUUGCUUAAGGAGAAGAAGCGACGCUACUUGCACAGCCGCAAGGUUGAGCAUGAGACAAUCGGCACCAGUCUGUUAACGGGUCCUGAAGGCCUGUCUAUGAAGGAGAGGGAGAACCUCCGGAAGCUGAAGGCAUUACGGCGCUAUCGUCGUCGUUACGGCGUCGAGGCUUUAUUACACCGGCAGCUCAGAGAGCGCAGGCAGGCCAUCACUGAGGGAGCAUCACCACAGACCCACCCAGUACGACAGAGCCAGAGAUGCAUUUCCUUUGUGGAAGGGACGCGAUGCUCAAACCAGUGUCUGCCAAUGACACGACAUUGUGUUUCUCAUAUUUACCAGGACAGCAGCCAGGUGUUGUUUAAGAUGUGUCCCGGGCUGAAGGACAUCCCCUGUGACCGGCCCGUGCACAUGGGUCAGUCGGAGGAACCGCGGUGCCCGCUGCACCUGUCUCUGCCACCCCCCAUGUACCAACCUGAGCCAGAGACGCUGGCACCAGAGCAGCUGGCCUCCGCCCCCACGGACAUGUACCUCAGCGCCGCCGAGCUGCAGCCCACAGAGAGCCUACCGCUGGAGUUCAGCGAUGAUCUGGAUGUGGUGGGAGACGAGGGGAUGCAGUGUCCUCCGUCCCCUCUGCUCUUCGACACAGCGCUGGCUCUGGAGGACCAGACCAUCCGGGCCAUAGCUGAAGCCCCCAUGGACAUCCUGACUGGGGCUGAGCACGGCGAGCUGGACGGCUCAGGACAGGAGGCAGAGUUUUCAGAGACGGAUGAAAUGUCGGUGACAGACCAGACUGUGUCGGAGAUAGCCGAGGCAGCAGGAGAGGAGGAUCCCACACACAGUUCUUCAGUGGAUGUUGACACAAUAACCACAGAGGCCAUGCCAUCAUGAGCACCUUCAGGCCUGAUUUUCUCAGCUGUCAAUAGACUUCACAGAGCUCGCCAUGCUGAAGUGUUUCAGAAUCCAAGCUGUGACCAAAAAACAUAUUCACAACACCAACAUCUGUAGAGCAGAGACUGUACCUGAUGAUCAGAAACAUUCAGAGGUGAAUUAAUAAAUAAAAAGCUAACUGCUAUAGAGGACACAUGCUAAUAUGGAGAGAUGGUUCAACACCUCGAUCUGUUCUUGUCUUUGGAAAUAAAACUUGAUGCCGUUGUCCAGAA